AUGGACAGGUUUGCCAAUCCAUUCCCAGCUGCCACAAGAGGUAAAUUUUCAUAACAUUUUCAUUUGUUACAUCUUUCUGUUUCCCAUGCCAACUUUUAUGUGGGGGAGGACAUGGUGUCAGAGGCCCAGGCCCAGGACAUGGGGGCAGGACAGGUACGGAAGGUGGGAGAGGAAAGGGUGGCUAGGGGUUCUAAUAGGGUGGAAAGGGUAGGAAAAUAAUAGGAGGAAAAUAUGCAGCAAUGCUUAAAAUUUUGCAAUCGAAAAAGGGGUGGGAGCUGGGAAUGAGAGGGGAGAGGCGAAACGCAGGAGGUGUUCUUGCACUUCCCCAAGUCCUUACGCUCAGCUCUUUCUCCCCUCCCCACUCAGUCCCCAAUUGAGGUUUCUAUAAAUAGUCAUCACUGAAAGCUUCAGCCUGAGCCAGGCUCUUGGGCAGUGUGGAAGAGCGGAAAAAGUGAGCAAGCAGUGAAUUAACAAACAAGAUAAAACAGCAGGAAGAGAGAAAAGGAGAACCUGUAAGCAUCUUUUCAAAUAGCUUAAUCUGCCCACUACACCACCCAAAUGACAAAUGUCAAAGAGUCUAAAGGUGUGGUGUAGGGUUUUUUGCUCAACAGAUUUGUUAGACUGCACAUGUAAAGCCAAAUGAUUGACAUAAGUGUUGAAAAAAUCUGUCAUAGUUGACCGAUCAUAGGGUAUACGACGAGCUGGUAUACUGAAAUAUGGUAUUGAAAACAAUGCUUACAGGUUCCACCACUCCAUCUCUUUCCACCUCCCAUGCAGUUUUCUCACAAUUCUUCUUGAUCUGCUUUCCGCAACUUCUUGGAGCCUGGAACGGUCUAUGAAACUUUCAAUCCCCACUAAGUCAAUAUUAGCAUUAUUUGCCAUUGACCAGUAGAGUCUACCAGUAAAUGGAAACAAAAAAUUAUGUUAUAUUACCCUUCUCUUGUAUGCAGGAUUUGUGGAUGACAUUAUCAAGCCUCACAUGACCCGUAAACGAAUCUGCAGGGAUCUUGAAGUGCUAGCCACCAAGCAACUUACCAAUCCUUGGAAGAAACAUGGCAACAUUCCUUUGUAAAGUACCCUUCAACUGCCCGGCGCUGUUUGGUAGUUUUUAGCGUAGGUUAGGCCAUUCCCUUGUUUAUCUUGGGUCUCUUUUCUUCUGGGCAUCCCAGAUUUAACCUUUCAAGAAAACAAAACAAUACCAGAGGAAAGCAAACUAGUGGUUGCUCUAAAGAGUGUAAAUUGCUGUUGAUGUUGGACAGUAUUCUUACAGAUGUGUCACAUUUACACAGAGCUGAUAUGGAUAAUUUAUGCUGUAAGACUUCGUCUGUGUAACAAACGUUUCUAUUCAACUUAUUGCAUGCCUCUUUUUUGCUCUCGUUCCAACUCUCUUGAUUGACUCGCACAGAAAUGUUUGGGCUUCUGUAGAUACAUGUAUAGAACCUGCUUUAAAUUUAAAAUGUAUGUCAGUCACACAAAAUAGUAGGCAUGCACUUUUGGGAUUACCAUAAACAAAAGGUCUGUGGUUUGUAGUUCUUAUCUACUCUCCUUUAGUUCUUUCAGCCUUGCUUCUUUGUUUAAGAAAAAUCCCCAAAUUAAUAAAUUAAUAUAGAAAAGAGGAAAAAAUUGUGGCGAUGGCCUUACUACAAAAUAAACUAGUUUACUCCGUAAAUUUAAGUAUAGUUUUUCCCCAUAAUCAUAGCAGACACUGUAAAGCCUUCAUCCAGUUCUGGAUCUUCUCAAUUGGUGGGAUGAUCAAGACCAUUUGGGUAAUUAUAAGUUUAUAGAAACCGUCCUCUUUAGGCCAGUCAGUUCUAUCCAUUGAUUUUGAUCACUCCAAAUUGUCCAGCUCAUCCCACAUCACAUGGAAGGUGUAAUAGGUGAUUGUCUUGAUUAUUUGAACACAAUGUAAGAACCAAGUAUUACACUGUAUAGGACCACAGUUUGGUGUGUGUAGUAGCAAAACUUUGUUUGUGACAGUGAUGUGGGUGUGAGUUUGAGUUAGCCUGUGAGCAAGCUCUCUAUUUGGGGGAGUCACAAACGUCACACAAGGAGAUGCAAGUGCUUCACUGCUUGCUCACGCUUUCUCUCAGACCUCUUUUUGCAUUCCACAUAAAUGGAGAGCUUGCUAGCAGGCUAAGUUUGAGUCUUCUGGGGUAGGUGAGGCCUCUUCAGUCAAACAGCUUACAAAAUUAAUUAAAAGGUUAGUGACUAACAUGGAGUAGCCCGCAUAGCAGGUGCUUAGACAUAAUGGGGCCAAGAGAAAACAGGUUGUGCGAGGCAGACACACACAAGGAAAAGGGAUCGCCUGCCUAAGAGGCCCAUGAAGAUGGUUUUUACUCCCUUUCUGAGAGUGUGGAAAAUUCCUAUUGGUUGGGAGGCUCCCGAGGGGAUACGUCUGCACACGAGAUCGUUUGUAAACAUUUAGUAUGUUCCGUCACAUCCCCUGUUCUUCGGUUCAUAAUAACGUUCUGGAAAACUGCCCACCUACCCCUCCCCUUAACCAACAUCAGCACUUAGGGAAAGUUCAUUUAAUAUGACAAGGGGGAGGGGGGGGGAUGAAGAUAUUGAAACUCGAAGUUUGAAAUUUUAGCAGCCCCCCUCGCUAGCGGUUCAAUUUUUUAGGAGCCCCCUCCUUGGUAGUCGAAAAAAUUUCAGAGCCCCCCCCCCCCUCCUCCUUCAAUUCCUUUGCUCCCCUGAAAAAAGAUCGCUAGACUGUAUUAAAUAUAUUUACCGUUAUUGUCUUCAAUGGUUUAUACUAUGACAAACUUGAGAUACAGUUGUGAUACAAUUUUCUAAAGCAUUUUUGGGAUGAACAAGAGUGUAAUAAUUACUGAGACUACAUUUGUUAUAUCUGUAAACCACGUGAUAUAGCUGAGUUGCACAGGUCAUUAAAUUGUUGAGUUGAAAACCAUCCGAUCUGUAUGAUGAUGUCAUGUGUUGGUUUUGAAGUAUACAAAUUUUCGGAGCCCCCCCUCCUAGCGCAACAAUUUUUUUAGAGCCCCCCCUUCGGGUGUCUAAACAUUUUCGGAGCCCCCCCUCAAUAUCUUCAUCCCCCCCCCUUGUCAUAUUAAAUGAACUUUCCCUUACUUCUCACUUAAAGGAAAAUGUUGGCUUAGGGGAGGGGUAGGUGGGCAGUUUCCCAGAAACGUAUUAUGAUCCGUUCGUUGUUGCUCAUUAUUUCCUAGCACUUGUUAUACAGGCUAACAUAAAGUAUUUUUUGAGCAACACAUAUCAACUGAAAGUAGAAAUUUUUCUAUUCUUGGGCAGUGUUUUGCCUAAAUGUUCAGGAGAAUCCGUAGUAUUCCGUAGUAUUACGACGUAUGAAAAGAGAAAAUACGUCACUUCCAGUUGGUGGCAUUGCUUAAAAAUGCCUUUUCCAAACGUCCCUAGUAUCAUAGCAAGUGCUCGGAAUAUCACUUCCUCUGAGAAAUGUCUCACAUGCAUGUUUUGGUCAUGGCUAGGAAUGCCUAAUCUCUCAUACAUUUUCGGCCUUUGAAUCAAACAAAUAGAGAAACUAUACGAUCCCAUGUAUGGUGUUGGUCAAUAAGAGGAUGUUAAUUUCUCCAGACUAAACACAAAACUAUAACAGUAAAAUCAGUGAUUUAAUGUCAUUUUUACAUUAUCUAACAAUUGAAACAAAAUAAUGAGUUUCUUAGACGUCCU